AUGGACAAUGCCGACCGAGCUGCUUUCUCCUGCAUCAACAUACAUAAGAAAGCAUUGCCAAAGCAAACAGUUGUGGGUGUCAUCGAGGGCGGACUCCAUGUGCACUUCGUGCCAAAGGCGGAUUAUAACAUUCAGCAAUAG